UUUUUUUCCUUUUCUUUAUUCUUCUGGACCUCAAUAACCCAAUUAAAAUGACAAAAAGAAAAAGCUAACAACUUUGAAACCUGAAAAUCAGUCACUCACUUUAACCACUAUUCAUCAUCAAUGGAUCGUCUCCUCAUCUUUCUCUCUCUUCUUCUUAUCACUUUCUCUAUCUUCUCAGAGGUGCAGGCAACAACUUUCAAGAUAGUAAACAAGUGCCGCCACACAGUAUGGCCCGGAAUACUAACCGGAGCUGACAGAGCACCCAUUAAUCCAACCGGGUUCGUUCUUAAAAGUGGGAAAUCCAAGACUCUCAAAAUGCCCACUGCUUGGUCGGGUCGGGUUUGGGGUCGGACCCUCUGCUCCAACGAACCCUCCACUGGUAAAUUCACCUGCGUCACCGGAGAUUGCGGUUCCGGUAAAGUGGAAUGCGCCGGAGCUGGUGCCAUACCGCCGGCGAGUUUAGCGGAGUUUACUCUCAACGGCGAUCAGGGUUUGGAUUUCUAUGACGUCAGCCUUGUGGAUGGGUACAACCUUCCGAUGCUUAUAGUUGCUAAAGGAGGUACAGGGGGAUGCAGUGCGACGGGAUGUUUAGUGGAUUUGAACGCCGCGUGUCCGAGAGAUUUGAGGGUUGCGAGUGGGGGUGAAAGUGUUGGAUGUAAGAGCGCGUGUUUGGCGUAUAAUGAUCCGAUUUACUGUUGUAGUGAAGCGUAUAAUACACCUGACACGUGUCACCCUUCGAGCUACUCGCUCUUUUUCAAGCACGCGUGCCCACGCUCUUAUAGUUAUGCUUAUGAUGAUAAGACUAGUACCUUCACUUGUGCCUCUGCUGAUUACUUGAUCAUAUUUUGCCCUCCUCCUUACACCAGCCAGAAAGUGUUAGGAGCACGGAAGGAUUCAGCUGAGUUGCCACUGGUUAAUAAAACCAUGAUGUACAUAGGAAGGCGUCAUUGAAGCGCGGUUAGACAUCCAUCCGACCAUCUUUACUGCACAUUAUGGUGUCAGCCAUGCCUUUAAUUGCAGCAAUAUUACACUUGCCUGUACUCUGAGAACGUUGUGACUGACCUUGAUGGGAACCUUUCAGGCUAAUUUACAAACAGAAGUAAAAGCUUUGGACUGUCAUGAAACCCAAUGCCGACUAUCUCUCAUUUAAAAUCACAUGCGCAGAUCUUGUCGAUAACAAAUGACAAUAAUUGUGUAUAGGAGCCUGUAGCUUCUUUAAGAUUGUUCAUUUUCAGUCUACAUUUUGCUCUCCGUUGCUUUUGGUGCUUGGAAGGGUCCAUAGUGUAGAGUCCUCUUCAAACAGAUUUAUGCCUCCCUUUCUAUGUUUUUUUAGGUGUUGGGGAGUGUGGUAAUGUUUUUUCUGUUCUUGAGGUAGUAUGUGAUGGACAAUUGAAAGCAUUUUGGAACUAGUUGAACGUACAUAUAAGGAUAUUUGA